AAGAUUGAUCGGAGUUUUAAAAAAUACCGCGAGAGCGAACGGAAAGCACUACUUUGAUCUCAUACUUGUACGUCCAUUGGUCUGCCGAGCGCUGCAUGUCUGAAUGAAAUCGGAAAUGCCUAAAAAGUUUUGAAGACGCGCUUACACAUCGGCGGAUCAAAUGUCACUCAAAGGCGGGUUGCCGCCCUCAAUUGAAAGUUUUAAGGAAACUGACACAAGAAACACGAGUGGAAGCGCUUGUUUCGCUCGUGCUGCGAAACUACUGAGAGGUCUUGAAUGAAGCAAGCAGACAUGCAGCAUCAGACAGCGCUGUGUCCGCCCUACACCGUGUGAGAUCAUCCCAGCCAGACUAAACAGGAACUCUCGUCCUUGGCUCCUGUCUAUGAACCAGCUGAGGUGUCCCCUAUCUCCAUGUCGCCCUCAGCCCGUCUGAAGUAUGUCUCCCUCGGGGUUCUGGUACUGCAGACCACGACGCUGGUGCUAACUAUGCGUUAUUCUCGGACGCUGCAAUCUGAGGGUCCACGUUACCUGGCGUCUUCUGCCGUGGUGUGUGCUGAAGUUCUUAAGAUUGUUGCAUGCAUACUUCUUGUCUUCAAAGACAACAGUUGUAGUAUUCGUGGCCUGAAUCGAGUAUUGGUGGAGGAAAUAAUCAAUAAGCCUCUGUUGACACUGAAGUUGGCCAUUCCUUCUGGCAUCUACACCCUGCAGAACAACCUGCUCUAUGUGGCUCUCUCCAAUCUAGAUGCUGCUACUUAUCAGGUUACGUACCAGCUGAAAAUUCUCACCACAGCUCUGUUCUCAGUGUCCAUGUUGGGUAAAAGACUUGGGAUUUACCAGUGGCUUUCAUUAGUUAUUCUGAUGACUGGUAUUGCACUUGUCCAGUGGCCAACUGAUGCUGCAUCAAGCUCCCAGGAGAAGAAUCUGACUGCAGGCUCUCAGAUUGCGGGACUGGUGGCUGUGCUCGUGGCCUGUUUCUCCAGUGGAUUUGCUGGCGUUUAUUUUGAAAAGAUCCUCAAAGAGACCAAGCAGAGCGUUUGGGUCCGUAAUAUUCAGCUAGGUUUGUUCGGACUGAUUUUUGGACUUGUGGGAGUGUUCGCGUACGAUGGUGAAAGAGUGCAAGUAGAUGGACUCUUUCAAGGGUACAACAAGGUGACCUGGACAGUUGUGGCUCUUCAGGCUUUGGGUGGGUUAGUCAUUGCAGCUGUCAUCAAAUAUGCAGACAACAUUCUGAAGGGCUUUGCCACAUCCAUCUCAAUCAUUCUGUCAACCAUCAUUUCUUAUUUCUGGUUGGAGGAUUUUGACCCUACUAGUGUGUUCUUCUUGGGGGCAGUGCUGGUUAUUGCUGCUACGUUUCUCUACGGUUAUGAAAGAACAACUGCAGUGGUCAUCCCCAGCAAAGUAUAAAAUCCUGGACAGAACAUGAGGAAUAACCAAAAUUCUCAAGACUGUCUGCAGAGAUGCUCGCCAUCAGGUGCAGUCCAGAAGAACGAUUGGAGACCUUGGAGAUGCUAUUGGAGGAUAGCAUAGGAACCACAUGCAGGACUUAAGGGUGAUUUAUAGUUCCUCAUAGGACCUAUAAGCAUAACUUAUAUGUGCAUAACUUUGUGUUUGUGCCGACGUGCACCUCUUCAUAAAUGUAACAAUGUGUCCGUUCUAUGCAGACCGCUAGACUUUCCGCUUGUGAUGGUAAAAACAAAGAUAGGCCAAAUUGAGAAAUGAUCUUUAAAUCGAGAUACAACAAAAUCGCUGUCUAUUAACCUCCAUCACUACUGAUGCUUCUUCAACAGUGUACACAAGAAGCUGCUUUUUCUUCGGCUUUGUCUUGAUACUGUAUACACCAGUGGACAUUGUCUUCUAGUGGUCUGCGUGUGUAAUUGCAUGUCGACGUGAACAACGACGGAAAAGUAAAAAUGGAAACCAACGUAGAGGCUACAGCGUAGGUCCUACGCAGAAGUGUAAAUCACCCUUAAGGACUACAAACACCUAAACCUUGAAUUGUCCGCUGUGUUAUGUGUAAUUAUCAAUGGAGGAACCCGUAGUUUGCAUGAGACCAUGGCUGUGUCCCAAUUCGAAGACUGUGACAGUUUCUUGUCACUGUUUUAGUAUUAUAAGUUAUGUUUUGUAUAAAUAUUAUUCUGUGUAUGUUGUGUAUAUUUCUGAGUUCGCAUUAACAUGUAAUCGAUAGGGAAUGAGAAAUUUAGCCCGAACCCAGAGUACUCCCCCCUCUUUAACUGGGAUAAAUAAAACUAAGGCUGCGUCCGAAAACUCUAAAUUGCUGCCUUCUGAGGCAGCUUUCCAAGACAGGAAGGCAUCAAGGCAUGUCCGAAUUCAAUGUUAGGUUUACUUCCUGUCUCCUGAGAUACCUAUGCGUGGGCUUACAAUAAGAAUGUGAUUGGUCGAGCCUGGUCGAGUUUGAAAAAAUAAAAUGGCGGCCAAGGAAGCGACUGGAGCACAAAUUUAGUGUAAAUGAAGGUACAUUCAAGGUACACCUUUUAAUUGCAUUUCUAGCGAGAAAUUGUUAUUGUAGUUUUCAAAUAUGUGAUUAGUUAUCACAAAGGCGCUCUCUCUGUUUAUAUUUCAAACACGCUGCCUUUGAAGUGUGUCCGAAAGUCUUUCUCUGAGCUCCCUUCAUGCCUCCGAAGUCAUUUCCUCAUGAGGCAGCAAGGCAACGAGUCACUGCCUUGAGUUUUCAGACGCAGCCAUCAUGAAAGUGAGGUGAUGGGGUGGAGGAGGGAUGCGGCAAAAACUGUCAUGGGACAGAGGUGCGGGACUGCUAUUUAUAGACACCUCUUUGCGCUGAUUGGUUGGAUCACAUGACCACGCUCCUCCCGAACUUACUUUAUAUACUGUUGGUUAGUUUACUCUGCAUCAGUGUGUUAUAUUUUCUAAAAUAUAUUUAUGAUAUUUAUGUUUUUCUGGUUCCAUAUUUAUUAUAAUAAGUCAGAAACGUCUCCGCUGUGUCCUGCUGACAGGCGCGGUGGGAGCGUACAGCAGGUGACGCAAAUUAUGGAUCCUCCGAAUGCUAGACCGUUUCAUUUCAAUUCUCUUUGUGGACCUUCGAAUUGGGACACAGCUUGUGCAUUAAUCUUAUGCUAGACCAAUCAGGUGGCAGUGUUAUGUUUAAGUAAAGUCUUUGUUGACUUCCUAAUGAUUUUUCACCUAAAAUGGAGGUUUUCUGAGACAGAUGUUACACAAAUGUUACAGUUUAUGCAAAUGUUACAAAUGCACUUCUCAUUGUUUGCUAAAUAUAUUGUUUUACUUGAUUGUAUCCCUUCAGUAAGUCCUGUCAUGUUUUGGUAAUAAAGAUGUUUAACUAUCAAAAGUAAAGACUGCGUGUUUUUUCGAAGGGUACUUCCAUCAAGUGCCAGUGUGGGAAAUGCUAAAUUGGUACUUAAAAGAUCUGGCAGCAUCUUCAGUGCAGUUUUAAUAGUCCUUGAAUAAACAGAGUGAAUUGUCAGAUCUUGUUGCUG